GCCAUCGUGAUUGGACACUGGUCCAGACGCCGCCCACCUAUUUUCCACAUGUGCUGCCUUUUUCUCUUGCAUACAUAGACCCCAUUCUCCUUUUCCUUCAACAGGCCGGUAGUCCAUCACAAGUUGAGUGAGUUGAAGCUUUUGGAGUUUUUCUUGAUCCCUCCAAUGCAGAAAAACCAAAUAUUUUUACCAGGUUCUUCAAGGCCUUCAGUUUCUACUUCCUCAUUAAACGUGGAAAAUCCUCAAACAUACUUCCAUGGUGACAUCACAGACACGAUGAAAGUUGAAACCAAAACUCAACCAUUGAGAGCUGAGGGUGGAGGGUCUUCUGGGUCCGAGAGCAAGGUUAAAUCAGGACAGAAAGGAGACAAGCAGAUCAAAAAGCACAGGGUUGCAUUUCAAACGCGGAGCCAGGUUGAUAUACUUGAUGACGGGUACCGAUGGAGAAAAUAUGGGCAAAAGGGGGUGAAGAACAGUAAAUUCCCGAGAAGUUACUAUAAGUGUACGCAUAAAGGGUGCAAUGUUAAAAAGCAAAUACAACGCCUUACAAAAGAUGAAGAGAUUGUGGUAACGACCUAUGAAGGGAUGCACACACAUCCUCUACAGAAGACUGCUGAUAGCUUUGAACAAAUCUUUAGACAGAUCCAAACAUAUGCUCCUCUAUGAAGAAACAAACCCAUGUCAUAAAACAUUCCCGACUGUCUCAAAGCACACAGUUCUUAAUUAAUGUAAUAUUGUACUAGUGUAAUGUAAUUUUCAAGUCUAAUAUAUAUAUAUAUAUAUGAAAUUGAAACAAUUGUCCAAGCA